CACACUGUAAAACCAGACUGGAACAUGACGAGCUGACUUCGGACAACAAGGGACUGGUUGUGAUCAUCAAAGACAGUUAGUCUACAAUGGGGAGUCAGAGAAACAGUUUAAAGACAGAAAGCUUCAUUUUGUCCGUGGAUGUCGGAACAACAUCUAUCAGAUGUCACGUCUAUGAUAAGGAGGCACACAUCCGAGGAUCAUGCAGAACCGAGGUUCAGCCCUUGUACCCAGAAGUGGGACAAGUGGAGAUGGACCCUGAUGCCUUAUGGAAAGGGUUUAUCACUGUGGUCACAGGAGCUGUACGAGAUGCAGGAGUACAGAUGUAUCAGAUGGAGACCCUUGGCAUCUCCACCCAGCGAGGAACUUUCACAACAUGGGACAGGAAUACUGGGGUUCCUUUCCAUAAUUUUAUCAGCUGGCAGGACCAGAGGGCUGCAGACCUGGUGAGGUCCUGGAACAGAUCCUGCACCAUGAAAGCAAUCCAUGGCCUGAUGAAGGUGGUGUACUUCCUGACCAGACAGAAGAGGUCACUCGCUGCGAGUGUGAUAGUCUUCUCCACUCAACACGUCACUUUUCGCCUCAUCUGGGUCCUAACACACUACAAGCAGGUUCGUAAGGCGGUAGCUGAAGGAAACUGCUGCUUUGGAACAAUCGACACCUGGCUGCUGUACAAACUCACUAAAGGACGCGUCCAUGCCACCGACUACUCCAACGCCAGUGCAACAGGAAUUUUUGACUCCUAUCAGAUGUGUUGGAGUGGGUUUCUCAGCUCUCUUGUGUCUCUGCCUCUCUCAAUAUUUCCCAAAGUAGAAAACACGGGACAUAACUUUGGCUCCACAGACCAGUCCAUCUUCGGAGUGUCCAUCCCCAUCAUGUCAGUGAUGGCGGACCAGCAGGCAGCCAUGUUUGGAGAGUGCUGCUUUGACGUUGGGGAUGUCAAGAUCACCAUGGGAACAGGCACCUUCAUGGACAUCAACACUGGAAGCAAACCGCACACGUCUGUAGCAGGUCUGUAUCCUCUGGUGGGCUGGAAGAUUGGCUCAGAGGUAGUGUACCUGGCUGAGGGAAACUCAGCAGACACUGGCACUGCUAUUAAGUGGGCUCAGGAGCUGGAGCUCUUCUCUGACGUAAAGAGCACCAGCGCCAUGGCAUACAGCGUCAGUGAUUCAGGCGGUGUGUGUUUCGUCCCCUCCUUCAGCGGCUUGCAGGCUCCUCUGAACGACCCCAAAGCCUGUGCCUCCCUCAUGGGCCUAAAACCUUCAACCACCAAAAACCACCUGGUCCGAGCCAUCCUGGAGUCUAUUGCCUUCAGAAACAAGCAGCUGUAUGAGCUGAUGCUGAGAGAAACUCACAUUCCUAUCACAAAGAUCAGGAUGGAUGGAGGAGUUUCCUCCAACGACUUUGUCAUGCAGCUGACUGCGGACCUUUUCGGCAGAAAGGUGGCCAGACCUGAACACCAUGAAAUGUCGUGUUUAGGUGCCGCAUUUGUCGCUGGACUCGAAGUUGGCUUCUGGAAGAGCAGGGAAGAGCUGAAGAAGCUGCAGAGGACCGACGAGCUUUUUCUGCCUAGAAGAACUCCCAAAGUUGCCCAAUUAAAUGGCAACCCAAAUCGGGAGUACCCUCCUGUCCCCCAGAGCUGGGAGAGAGCCCUCAAACGCUCCAUGAACUGGUACAAGACCUAAAACUGGACAGGCAUACAGUCAGGAAAAUCCAGGGUUUGGACAAGAGGGAAAGUAUGGCAUGGGCUCUGACGUCAUGUGAAAGUAGAUAAUUCUUUUGAAGGUGAAAUGUCAAAGGUCCAUAGAGGUUUAACUGCAAUCAGCUAGCUUCACUUGAAGUAUUUUACAUGUACAUUAUUGUUUUAACCUUUGACCUUUAACUUGCAGCAGUCUUAUCAGAUUCUUUAUUUCAUGACAUAUUUUCCAGCCAAAAGUACCUCCUUUUUUACAUUAUUUAAACUGUUAUGUAUACAUCUAUCUAUAUGUAUACAUCUACCCACAUGGGGGCGCUAUUGCUUUUGCAGCUCUUUGAUGUAUAAACUCUGCCAUAGCAACCACAUGCUAAUCAGCAACCAGUCAAACAUUGAUAUUACAUUCAUACAUGAUCCUCUGUGAGGAAAGAGCCUGACCUUUCUGUUCAUGACGGCUCGAGCUCCGAAUGUAUUAACAAAAAUAAAUAGUUUUUAAAGGAUAACAUCAAAUGAUAGAUUUUGUCUCUAAAACAGCACUUAAACUCAUCUUUACACUGAACACAAUGACUGAUUGUGGUGAUGAUUUGUUUGACUGUAACUGGAACACACACCUGCAUGUGUACGGGAAUCCAACUGGAUCUGAGUGCUUCUGUGAUCCAUCACACAUCUCUCUCUGUGAGUAUAAGUAAGUGAUGGACUUUUUGCUUUGCCAAAACAGCUUUCAUAAAUUCAUGUUGACUUAAAUUUGGCUAUGAAGCAAUUUUAAGGUAUACAUGUUUACAAUAAUAAAUGUAUUGUUUAAGAACAAGAUGAUCAGGAAUAAAACUGAACUGGCCUCAAAUAGCAGUACAAGUAGGAUGAAUAGGAAUAGAUAUAUUGAAUGUGACUGUGUCUUGUAGUCAUUAUCUGACCUGUUGGUCUGCGUUUUUAGUCAUGAUGAUGUCCGAAAUAUCUUUUUUUUGAAGGAUUUUUUCUUGACCUAAUGAACUCUGUUGAUGAACUAAAAAUACUUGUAUAAAUAAACUAUGUCAUUCUAGAUGUGGUAUUCUUGCUGUUAAAAAACAUGUUCCACCUUUCUUUAUACUGUAAUAAAAUGUCUAAAUACAAAA